AUGGCUUCAUUUAACAAUGUCGUAGGAAAACACAUACAGAUUGGAGAUGCCACAACUAUUGCAACGUCUAUAUCAACAACGGUAGGCGAUGUUGCAACUAGUAACACAUCUACACCCACAACGUUAACUGAUACAAUACAUAGUUUUUCCUCUGUAUCAACAUCUCUCAGCGGUACUACUGCAACAACUUUAUUUGGCGAUGUUACAAAUAGCAGUAUCAAUACAACAACAACACUAGCAUAUUCAACUUACAGUACAUCUUCAACAACAACACCGAAAGAUUCAACUAACAGUAUCACUACAACAACAACAUCAACCGAUUCAACUAACAGUAAAUCUAUAACAACACCAACCGAUUCUACUAACAUUGCCUCUAUAACCACACCAACGGAUUCAACUAACAGUGCCUCUACAACAACACCAACCGAUUCAACUAACAGUGCCUCUACAACAACACCAACCGGUUCAACUAACAGUGCCUCUACAACAACACCAACCAAUUCAACUAACAGUGCCUCUACAACAACACCAACCAAUUCUAGUAACAGUAAAUCUACAACACCAACCGAUUCAACUAACAGUAAAUCUGCAACAACACCAACCGAUUCUACUUACAGUAUCUCUACAACAACAACACCAACUGAUUCUACUAACAGUAUCUCUACAACUACAACACUAACCGAUUCAACUAACAGUAUCACUACAACAACACCAACCGAUUCAACUAACAGUAUCACUACAACAACACCAACCGAUUCAACUAACAGUAUCACUACAACAACACCAACCGAUUCAACUAACAGUAUCACUACAACAACACCAACCGAUACAACUAACAGUAUCACAACAACAACAACAACCGAUACAACUAAAAGUAUCUCUGCAACAACACCAACCGAUUCUACUAACAGUAUAUCUACAACAACACCAACCGAUUCUACUUACAGUAUCUCUACAACAACAACACCAACUGAUUCUACUAACAGUAUCUCUACAACUACAACACUAACCGAUUCAACUAACAGUGUAUCUACAACAACACCAACCGAUUCUACUGACAGUAUAUCUACAAUAACAACACCAACCGAAACAACUAGCAGUUCUUCUACAACAACAACACAAAACGAUUUAACUAGCAGUGUCUUUUCAAAAACACCAAUCAAUUUUACUAGCAGUAUCGCUACAACAACAACUUCAAGCGAUUCAACAAAAAGUAUCUCUACAACAACACCCACCGAUACAACUAGCAGUUCCUUUACACCAACAACAUCAACCGAUUCAACUAGAAGUGUCUCUACAUCAACACAAACCGAUUCAACUUACAGUAUCUCAAAAACAACACAAACCGAUUCAACUAGCAGUGUCUCUACAACAACACCAACCGAUUCUACUAACAGUAAAUCUACAAUAACAACACCAACCGAUACAACUAGCACUACCUCUACAUCAACACAGCUAGAUUCGAAAACAAGCUAUGUCUUCAUAUCAACUACAAGUACAGAAAGUCCAACUGAAACAUGUGUAAUGCAGCGCCAGUUUCAAGAUGGAAAGAUAGUAGAUAUCCCUUGUUUUAAUGAUACUUACAACUGGAUUGUUAUUCAGAGGAGAAUGGAUGGAUCAAUUGAUUUUUAUAGAAACUGGACUGAAUACGCAAAUGGAUUCGGAUCCGCUAAGUCUGAAAUCUGGUUAGGUAACCAGUACAUACAUGAGCUAACUAGCUCUGGAUACUCCAUCUUGAGAGUAGAUUUGAUUGAUCGGAACUUGGAAUGGAGAUAUGUGGAAUACAUUUUUUCCGUAGAGGAUAGUGCAACUAAGUAUAGACUUAACAUAAUAUGCAGGGAAGGGUGUGAUAUUGACAGCAUGUGGACAGGUCUCUUUUCUACUUACGACGAAGAUAAUGAUAACUGGGCUCCAAGAGAUUGUGCAGGGGACUUCAGUGGCGGAUGGUGGUACUCAGCGGAAGCAUACUGUACGGAGGGAAAUCUGAAUGGAAUGUACAAUACUGAUGGCAGCAAAAAGAAUGAAAAGCAGGGGAUCUUCUUUUUUCAUUGGCAUGGAUAUGAACCGCUAACAUUUGCCCGAAUGAUGGUUCGACAGCCCUGA